AUGGAGGACCUUGGGUAUUCUAGUAAUAUGUUUAGAGAAGUGGACAGAAGCCUGAUGGAUGUGGAAUAUUUUAUAAGAAAAACUGAAUUGCUCUUAGAGGAAACAAUAGAAUACAAUGAUCUUGUACCCUUAGACAAGCAGAAUGCACCACUGACCGACAGAUGGGGAUGGUCCAAAGAAUUAGAAAGUCCAGAGCAUCGCGGGGACCCCAAUGAUCCAUGUGGAAGAUUGAAAAGAGAUUGUGUAGGAAUUAUGGCUGCCUUUAAACUCAAGCAACCUUUUCAUCACGCCGUUGCCCAUCUUUAUUGGGAUCCAAGAUUGGCUGAUGUUAAGCUUGCCCAAGCCGAGUAUCUUUUAGCACGCUUAGCUCAGUUUAAGACACUUGUAACAGACAGAUUUGAAUGUACUCCUUCAUUAAUUUUGACUGGUGACUUCAACUCAACUCCUGGACAAGGUUUUUCAGUAUCUUAUUUCUGCCUAAUGCCUGUCAGCAUUCUCCAACUUCCAGAGUUGGAUUCUGGUGCAUUGUCAAACUAUAGCCACCCAAGUGAUCAUCUGCCAAUAGGUGCUAAAUUUGAAAUUACCAAAGACCAAAUGUUCAUACUGAGAAAUGAACGAAAAUCUGUUUACCAGAAAAACUGA